AUGGAUCCCGAAAUUGAACUUGAACUGCAUGGUAAAGACCUUUAUCCAUUGGUUAAGCAGACUUCUACAACCAAAGAAACGCUUACAGAGCGGUUAAGUAGGGUUAAGAAACGGUUGUUUUUGAUAGAUGGAAGGAUUGGCUCACCUAAUAAGAUCACCAAAGACAUGAUAGACCUAACAAAGACUGUUAAAACGGUAAGAGUAAAAUGUCAGAAUCUAAGAAAGUCGUUCACAAUCCCGGCUACAAAGGAACAAUCACAUUUCGGAGAACUAUUCAACAACAUCGGGUUAAGUAGACGUGCUGAACGAAGACAUCUGCAGAAGACCCUUUAUAAAUUGGUAAACAUAAUAUUCCACGUUUUAGCACUGUUUGUUAGCGCUAUUUACAUCCAAGACGCAUACAACAACUUUCGGAACUCCCUGAUAGUUCAAAGUCUGACCUACAUGAAUGUCAAAGACAUACCUUUCCCAGCCAUCACUGUCUGUGAGCCUGUACUGCUGAAAGAUGAAUACAACAGGUUUGAGAUCUUGAAACGAUGCAUGUCACUUGAGAACGGAACGUCUUGGUUGUGUAGUGAGGAUGAAUUGAACAUGAUGAUCAUUUCAAAUGAUAUAUAUCCUAUCGUAUAUGAUUUACUGACAAUGACUCUAUACGAAGGGGAGUUAUUUCAAAGCCUAUAUAUUCCACUUUUUGGAGAUUCAGAAAAUGUUCCACCCCUUGACCAUAAUUGGACCUUUAGUGGGGUGGAUUAUAUCAAAUACAUCGAGAGACUUGGCAACGACCGCAUAAGUACAAUUCAACUUUACAAUAUUGACCUUCCAGGAAGUCCCCACAGGAGGGUAACCCUCCGCAACGGUUCAGCAUCAUUGAUGACAUUAAUAUCAUCGAUAAAAGAUUUUCACACGGGAAUUUACACAUGUAAGAGCUUCAAUGCUGAUAACAAAACAACUAUGUUGGGUUCUACAAAAAUAAAAAUGAGUAAUGAAAGUGCAAACCAUCCAUUUUUAGACUCCUACCAUUCACAAUCAUGCAAUCCUAAUAACAUAUUUGAUAGUGCCUGCAAGAAUGAUUUGUUAUAUACGGAUAAUCACAUGGAGAUAGAGUUUGAAGAUGAAAUUGACUAUCCUAUUCCUGAAAGAGAUGACAGAGAGAUUGACGAUCUUUCAAAAAAAAAUAUAUGGUUCAACAGCUACUUUGUGUUUUUACACGGGCAUUUUGACAUCCCGUCAAUGUCAAAUAUGAAACACGUGAGACUCGUCAAGACCACAUCAUCUGCCCUUGUUGCAACGCCAGCUGUUACCAACGCGUUACAGGAUCUUACAGAAGUGGAUGAAUCAUUACGAAACUGUGUAUUUUCACACGAGAGAUCACUGUCUCUAUUUGAGGUUUACACGCACAACAACUGUGUGUUUGAGUGUCAAAUAAACUGCUCUCUAACUCUCUGUGGAUGCAUUCCUUAUGGCACAGCUAUUUUUUACAGUUCUCUUCCUAUCUGCAGCAACAGAAAAUCACAUUCUUGCCAAAAAGAAAACCAAUUCUUAUCAAACCCUGCAUACAAAGACAAGAGGUGCAAAUGCAACUGUCCAAUGGAUUGUUUAUCUAUUUCGUACUCCUUUGGUGGAAAAAUUGAGUUAAAUGAAAAAUAUUCAAAGAGGAGAACCACUUCCCAGGUUAGCUACAAGGAAGACAGCGUUCUCUCUGUUAUACGCUACAGUGUGACGAGCCCAGCGGAGUUCGUAGCCUACAGUUUGGGUAUAUUGGGGGUGUUCAACGGGUUCACCAUAAAGUUGGUGUAUGACUUGUUUUACUGGCUCACUCUAGGUUUGUGGUCUACUAUAAGGAACAUGGCAUGGCACAGGGUGAAUAUUUAA